AUGGCCCACAAAGAAUUACGUUUGGAGGUUGCCAAACUACGGGCACUGGUAAAAACCGCCCGCACGAACAUCGUCCGCAAGCUGUUGCGCGAUCGAAAGUUUUGGUCCAACAAAUUGACUACCUCGAGUGAUAACAGCCGUGCGGCAAAGAAAGCUGAAGCUUCCGAGGCCAUCUCGCAGCACAUACGAUCAGUCCGCACGUACCAACUAGUGAAGGAUGUUAUACGCUUCGAGGUGCGGAAAAAUGAUCCAUCAACGAAAGUGUCGACCGAUAUCGCCGAUCGGACUUUGCUACGAUUUCAUGCGGACACGAAGCUCAGCUCCGCUGUCAAGUCGCUCGUAGAUCGGUUCGAAUUGCGACGAAACGAUCCACUCAUAGACAAGGUGGUGCAGGAAAGUCGCGUAAAAACUAGUGAAUCGACCGAUGAUACCGCACGAAAGAAGAAAAAGAAACCCAAACCUAACACGGCCAAAGCCAAAAAGGUCCAAUCGAAGGUAGAUAAACCCAAAAGCCAAAAACAAUCAAAAGCGGCAGAAAAGACGAAAUCAAUCGCUAAGAACGAAACAGAUGAGGAUGAAGACGAUCAAAGUGACCACAGUAUAGCGACUGAGGAGAGUGACACUGCCGAUGAACGGCCAAUUGAAAAAUCGAAAGACAAAUCCAAACCAGAGCUUCCUGCCAAACAAAGCAAAAAGAAACGCAACAAAAAGGGAACGCCCGCGAACCUGAAACCCCCGGAAGAAGAUGACGAGGACGAGGAUGGCUCCACGAUGGUUCAGGACAGCUUUUUUGUUACGGAAUCGGGGGGCAAUUAUGUUGCCGUGGCGCCCGUGCUGAAGAAAGGAGAACAAGAGUCUAGCGACGAAGUCGAAGAAGCAGAGCAAAGUUGGAAAUUGUCGUUCAAGCGGAAAAAGUACCAUGAAAGCGGCCCUCCAAACGCUUCGAAUGGAAGUCAGACUGGCCAGCGUGGUAAGGGAAAAGGCAAUAAACCAAUGUUUGCUACGGCGGAUGAUGCUCGCCCUGCGAAACGUAACAGAAAUGACCAAGGAAAGAUUGAAGCGGAACCGGAUCUACAUCCGUCUUGGUUGGCGAAGCAGAAACAGAAAGGAAUACAGCCUUUUGCGGGAAAGAAGGUUGUGUUUGAUGAAGACACCUCUUCGAAGGGAAAGUUCAACGAGGAUCUGCACCCAUCGUGGGCUGCAAAGCAGGCCCAAAAGGGUAUUAAACCGUUUGCCGGCCGGAAGACGGUGUUUGAUGACGAAAGCGCCAAACCGAAAGGGGCGCCAGUGGGUGACCUUCAUCCUUCGUGGGCUGCAAAACAGGCCCAGAAGGGCAUCAAACCGUUUGCUGGGAAAAAAAUAAACUUCGAUGAAGAUAGUAGCGCAGCACCGAUCGUGAAGUCCGCCAACGAUCUCCACCCUUCGUGGGCUGCAAAACAGGCCCAGAAAGGCAUCAAACCGUUUGCCGGGAAAAAGAUCAUCUUUGGCGAUCAAGGAGCAAACGGUGGCCGACCGCAAGCUGCCUCGAAGGAAGUAGAAACCAACCUUCAUCCCUCGUGGGUCGCAAAACAGGCCCAGAAAGGUCUGAAACCGUUCGCCGGUAAAAAGACUACCUUCGAUGACGACGAAACAACUUCAACCGAACGCCGAAAAACCGCCCGAACCAAGGAUUCGCCAACGAACGGUGAAAUGCGUUCCGCCAAGCUUCAAUCGGUUACCAACGAUCUGCAUCCAUCGUGGGCAGCGAAACAAGCCCAGAAGGGUAUUAAACAGUUUGAGGGAAAAAAAAUUAGCUUCGGCGAUUAAUGAACCGCUGGGAAACGAUUAUGCAUUUUGUUAGCUCCAGUUGAUCCAUAGCUAAGGUUAAUUGUGUUAACGAUAAAUAAAUUAAUCUUAAA